AAUCCCAGUGAGGCUCAAGCCCCUCCCUGCAUCAGGCACCCAGCCUCUCCCUGACACCCCUCUGCCACUCUUUGCUGCCCAAGGCACCAGCACAGCUUCUCCCAUCAUGGCAAACUCCUGUUUUUCUGGGCCCUGUGUUCCCACAGCCUCAGCCGCCUCAGUCUGCUCCAGUGAUGUGAGUUGUGGCAGCAACGUCUGCCUGCCCAGUUCUGGCAUGGGCUCCUCCUGGCAGCUGGACGACUGCCCAGAGAGCUGUUGUGAACCUGGCUGCUGUGGGCCCUCCUGCUGCCCUGCCCCAUGCUGCACACCAGCCUCCUGCCUGACCCUGGUGUGCCGCCCAGUCUGCUGUGUGCCUGCCACCUGCCAGCCAGUGUGUGCACCCAGCCCCUGCCAGUCUUUGUGCACCUCCUCCUGCUCCCCAGACUGCUGCCAGCAGUCUUGCUGCCAGCCCAUUGCCUGUGGGUCUUCUUCCUGCCAGCAGUACUGCUGCCCAACCCCUAGUUGUACUGCCUCUCCCUGUGCAGUGCAGUCCUGCUGCUGCCUACCCCUCUGCUGCCAGCCCAGCUGCUGCAUUGCCCUCCCUGUGUGCUGCAAGCCCAGCUGCUGUAUGACCACAGCCUGUGCUCCAACCUCCUCCUGCUGCCAGCCCAGCUGCUGCCGCCCUGCCUCCUGUGUGUCCCUCCUCUGCAGGCCAGUGUGCAGACCAGCCACCUGCUGUGUGCCUCUCUCCUGCAAACCCUCCUGCUGCACCACCACCUCCUCCUCCUCCUGCUGCUGUGCACCCUCCUGCUGUCCAGCCACCAGCUGCUGCCGCCCUUCCUCUUGUGUGUCCCUCCUCUGCCAGCCCACCUGCUGCAAGCCUGCCUGCUGCACUGCCACCUCUGCCCCCAAAACAUCAGGCUCAACAACUGGCCAAGGAAGCCAGUCCACCAAGCUACAGCUGAGCACAUCACCCACCCCAGCCCACCCAGGGUCUCCCACAAAGCUCCUCCAUCCCAAGGCUGACCCCAGUCACAACUCCUGCUUCCACAUGCACCCAGCUCCUCUCCAAAAGCCCCACCCCCCCUUAGACACCAUGUGCCACACCAGCUGCUCCACUAGCUGCCAGCCAAGCUGCUCCGUGCCCCUGUGCUGCAAGCCAGUCUGCUGUGUCCGUCCUUGCUGCUGCCCAGCCUCCUGUGUCACCCUGCUGUGCCGCCCAGCAUGCCCUGUGAUGACCAGCUGCCGAGCAAUCUGUGGAGCUGGCAGCUGCUCCCCCUCCUGCUGUGUGUCCAGCCCCUGCCAGUCCGCCUGCUCUGUGUCCAUCCCCUGCCAGUCUGCCUGCUGUGUGCCUGUCUGCUGCAAACCCACUGUAUAUGUGCCUGUCUGCUGCAAGCCUGUGGCCUGUGGGAUCCCCUCAUGCCAGGCCUCCUGCUGCCAGCCAGCCUCCUGCACCUCCCUGCUCUGUGCCCCCUCCUGUGCCCCGUCCUGCUGCUGAGCAGUUCCCUCCCUCAUAUCCCACAGAUUGGAGCCAAGCUAUGGUUCUGGUGUGACUCACCACCCAGGAGACCUAGGCUAGGUCACUGUUGUCAGAACCCAGCAGGGCCGCAUCAGAACCCAUGGACUUCACUAUGACACAGAAGCCCCCAUUGCCACAGGGACCCUUCCAGACCUCCCUCAGGGGGAGAUGCUGGGACACCAGGGUCCUACUUUCCACAAUGUCCCUCCCUGUCUUGCGGCCACUGCAGCUUCCCCCACC